AUGUCGGGUCUCGAGAUAGCUGGCACUGUCCUUGCUGUGAUACCACUGCUUCUCCCUGCGCUUGAUCUGUACAAAAGCGGCCUCAGUCGUGCUUCGGUCUUCUUCCGGCGCAGGAAACACGUGGAGAAGCUCAUCCAUGCUUUGCAUCUACAGAAAACCCUGUUAACGGAAAACGUGCGAACAUUGGUGAUCAGGGCUGGAAUUGACGUCGACGACAUACCUGAAGACCCGCAACAGUUGUUCGAGCUCCUCCGCGAUGACGACGACCUCAAGGAAAAGGUCGAGGCCUAUCUGGGCACGGAGGCGAACAAGCUGUACAUGUGCGCGGUCGUAGCUUGUGAAGAGGUCGUGCGCAAUGUCGCUGCUCAUAUCGAAGGCUUCCUGCCUGCAGGUCAACUGACGCAGCUCGGGAGUUUGAAGGCCUUCAUCCAAGCCAAUGGGCAAUCUCUCGGUAACGGCCUGGACCUGAAAGCGCGGUUCAACCUGACUCUGGGUCGCUCGGAUGUCGACAAGAGCAUUCACGAGCUCGACAAGUCCGUUCUUGUUCUCGAGCGCCUGUCAGCUGCCGUGGCCGCAAAUCGAGAUGCUGUCGAAAGCGCCAUCUCGCGCACAGCUACAAAAUUGGUAGCAGUUGUCGCCAAAUCCAGGGAGAAUGCUACGACGCUGUACUCAGCCAUUGCCAAUGGAUGGACCUGUAAAUUCCACAAAUCCCAUGAAGUCAAGCUGAGGCUUGACCGAAGCCCGCUGGCUCUCACCCAUGCCGCUUCCAAAGCCAAUCACUCGGCCACAAAGGAUCUGGUGUUCGAGGUUGUGUUCCGGUGCGACCAGCCCCAGAACGAUACUCUGUGGCACGAGAGUAAAGUCGAAAUGAUCGAAGAACUUCACGUCAAUGGAGCAGGAGCCAACAUGACACAGCCGGCAACUAAGGACAACUCACGUCCAAAGGUUACAAUCUCGGUUCCAUCUACGACCAAGGUCCUCCCUGCUACGUCGCAAAAGGUGGUAUGCCUAUGUUCCUCCUCGCAUGGCGCAGUCACCGCCAACAAGGUCCUGCAUCUGUACGUUGCUUCUCAGACGAACAUGCAUUGCGACCAUCGCGAAUGCUCAUCGACCAUGUCCGCUGGGAAGUUCGACGUGCGGUCCUUGCGAGAGCUUCUCUCGAUCCAAGGAGGCCACUAUAGGAGGGUUGCGUUGAGGGAUCGAAUGCUUUUGGCACUGACGCUUGCCAUUUCUCUACUGCAGCUGCACGAGACACCCUGGCUGUACGAGAGCUGGUCGAAAGAAACAAUUCAGUUCAUGAAGGCACCAGGUGCAAAGGGUAAGAGCGUGUCAACAUUAGACAUCGAUUUCACCAAACCACUAAUCUCCCGCGAAUUCUUUUCCCCUUUGCAAGGCUCAUCGAAACAUCUGCAACCUAAAGAGGCACUCCUCGAGCUGGGAAUCAUGCUUCUUGAGCUCUGGCACGAGAAGACAAUCGAGGACCAAUUUCCUGGGACCCUCGUACCCGCCGAGUAUUGGGGCAAACUUCGAUUGGCGUCCAUUUGGCUUGAAGACACGACAAACCCCUUGCUUCCCCAAUAUCGGCUUGCAGUGGCACAGUGCGUCAAGUGCUUCUUCGGUGGUGGAUUCUGCAGUCCUAGCUGGGGUGACUUUGAAUUUCGAAAGGCGUUGGUUAGAGACAUGGUCGAGCCGUUGCAUGAAAAUUGCAAGCCAUGGUUAUAAUAGUGGCUGAUGUGCAUACAUCCCUCUCGGUGAACAUAC